GCGUGUGCGCAUCCAGGAUGCCGGCAGCCCGGCGCUCCCCCUGCCCAGCCAGGUGCUCGCUGGGCGGCUUCCUUCUGACAUAACUCUUCGGGGAGUUGAGGGCGGGCGGGAGGCAGCGGCAGACACCACAUCUGGGCAGGCUCGGGCUGAGCCGCGUCCUCCGCCGCAUCCCGCAGGACCGGGGGUUGCGGAGCCGGGCGGGCGGGCGCAGCGGAGCGGAGCGGAGCAUGGCAACGUGAAGGGGCCGGGGUCCUUCCUCCGCCUCCCCUCCCGCCCCUCGCCUGUGCGCGGCGCUGCGCGAGCUGCGGGGCGGCCGCACGUCGGGGCUGGGCUGCCCGCGCCCUGGAUGCGGCGGCGGGCGGGCGGCGCGGGUCGCGGGGCGCGGGCCGGCGGGAUGGGCGCGGGCGCGGGCGCGGGGCGCGGGGCGCUGGCCGUGCUGCCCGCCGUGCUGCUGGCGCUGGCGCUGCCCGGCCGGGCGCAGAACGACACGGAGCCCAUCGUGCUGGAGGGGAAAUGCCUGGUGGUUUGCGACUCCAACCCGGCCACGGACGGCAAGGGCUCGUCGUCCUCCCCGCUGGGCAUCUCGGUGCGGGCGGCCAACUCCAAGGUGGCCUUCUCGGCCGUGCGCAGCACCAACCACGAGCCCUCGGAGAUGAGCAACAAGACCAGGAUCAUCUACUUCGACCAGAUCCUAGUAAAUGUGGGCAAUUUUUUCACGUUGGAGUCUGUCUUUGUAGCACCAAGAAAAGGAAUUUACAGUUUCAGUUUUCAUGUAAUUAAAGUCUAUCAAAGUCAAACAAUCCAGGUUAAUUUGAUGCUAAAUGGAAAACCCGUCAUUUCUGCUUUUGCUGGGGACAAAGAUGUUACUCGUGAAGCUGCUACUAAUGGAGUCCUGCUCUAUCUAGACAAGGAGGAUAAGGUUUACCUGAAACUAGAGAAAGGUAAUCUGGUCGGUGGAUGGCAGUAUUCUACAUUUUCUGGCUUUCUGGUCUUCCCCCUGUAAAAUCAGUUUUCCCUGUGACACCCAUCCAGGUGUGGACCAAUCAUUGCCUUUGUUACAUGAAGAUCAUUUUGUCAUCAUUGGAUUGAUGUUUCUUUAUUGGUUUCUCAUGGGUGAAUAUGGAUUCUAUUUAUGGAUUUUGGCCCUAUCUGAACUACUCCGAAGUUUCAAAGAAUUUUGUGUGUUGAAAUACAGUAUAUUUGGAUUGAGACUUAAAGCAGACAAUAAGUAUCUAUGCUUAAUGUUACAGUCUAAAGCUGCCUGCAAGAUUUAUUCGGUUUUCAUUUAAUGGACUUACUGGAUUCAUGGGAGAAGUGGAUUUUCCUUUGUUUUAAAAAGACUGGCAACCAGGUCUAUAAUUUAGGAGAUUUUGAGUUCAGACUUCAAUCAAGAGUUAGUGUGUUGCUGCCAAAGAACUGUAUAUUGAUAUAUUGGUUAUACAUGUUUUUGUUCAUUUGGACUUAAUUGACAUAAUUUAUUCCAUUGUCUUGAGAAAGGUAAUCAUUAUUGAUAAGUGAGUGACUUUAUUUCUCCUCUGUGUGUAGUGUGCUUGAUGGUUCACCCAUAUAGUUACUCUCUGUCAAUGAUCACGAUGGAGACUAUCCAACUGAAAGCUAAAGGGUCAUGGUUAUGUUUUAAUUGGACCUGUAAGGCAUUCAUAUUUUCCAUAUGGUAUUUUCUAAUAACAAGAGCAUUAUAACACUAAAAAAAAAAUUUAUCAGGGUUAAAAGUGAUCAGUCUGGCACAACUCUGCAAAACAGCUUUGCCCUGCAGGAAAUCUCACACUUGUUCUUCAACUUUAAUUAACAUGAUUGAUAAUAACCACUUUAUUAAAAACCUGUGGGAUUCCUUCUGUAGACAUAACCACUUUAUUAGCUGGAGAUGAGUCCCCAUGUUUGUAAUUAUGUCUAUUUUUCAAACCUUCUGUUGUGUUAAAGGUAUCAUCUGGUUUUGCCUUAACUUCACAAAUGUAUAGAUCAUCUGUUUAGCGAAUAGUACGUCCAAAUAGCUGGUACCUAACUUGGUGCAAUAUCUUUUUUGGCUUUUUGUACAGGUCAUAUGAAUUCAUACAUUUAUUUAACAUGUCACUGUUACAUAAUAAAUGUUACUAUAUAUUA